UGGACAGUGGAAAGACCGCGUUCCUCAGAUGUGGCGUUGAUUAUCUCUGUAUGGUUCGUCCACAACAAUUUCAGUGUAAUCUACAAUAUUUCUAGUGUUCAUUCAAGGUUCGCUUGCAAAAUCCAAUUUUUAAUAAGCCAAAUUACAAAGUAGAAUGGAACGGCAUGACGCACAUAUAGUGGAACUUUAAUUCUACUAAACAGGUUUUAUAUCUUAUCAUAAUUAGAAAAGUGAUAUUUGUGUUGAGGAAAAUGGAUAUUUGUCGGGCUGUGAAAAAUUAUCUUAACAGAAUGAUUUCAGUAGCUGAUGGUGGUAUAAAAGUAUUAAUGGUUGAUCAAGAAACAUUGAAAAUAGUCAGUGUAGUUUGUUCAAUGUCUGAAAUUAUGAAAUAUGAUGUCUAUUUAAUUGAACGUAUUGAUGCACCGCGUGAAUCUUUGGAACACUUACGUUGUAUUUGUUUCUUAAGACCAACAAAAGAAAAUAUUAAUUUUUUAUUUAAAGAAUUAAGGAGACCAAAUUACUUAUCCUACCAUUUAUUUUUCAGUCAUUCUAUAACUAAACAGUUACUGAAACAAUUAGCAGAAGCUGAUGAAAAUGAAUUAGUGGUAGAAGUCCAGGAGUACUUUGCUGAUUUCAUCCCAUUAUCACCAUUUUUAUUUGAACUGGACAUACCAAUUAGUCUAAAUGAAAGUAGAAAUUUGAGAGACGGUGUGUUGAAUCGAUCAACCGAUGGUCUAACAUCCGUAUUAUUAGCCUUAAAGAAAUGUCCAAUUAUACGCUACCAGAAUGCUUCAGAGGUUGCACGUCAACUAGCUGAGUCGAUACGGUCAUUUAUAUCACGAGAAACUGUAAUAUUUGACUUUAAGCAAUCAGAACCUGUUCCUGUCCUGCUUAUAUUGGAUAGAAGACAAGACACAGUUACACCGUUACUAUCACAAUGGACAUAUGAAGCUAUGGUUCAUGAGUUGAUUGGUAUUACACAGAAUCGUGUUAGUUUAUCUAGAGCGCCAAAUGUCAAGUCGGAAUUAAAAGAGAUUAUUUUAAGUCGUGAAUUUGAUGAAUUCUAUCGAACUAAUCAAUUUUCCAAUUUUGGUGAUAUUGGUCAAUCAAUUAAACAACUUAUAGAAAACUUUCAAAAAGCUUCUAAAUCUGUGGAUACCAAAAAUUUAGAAUCAAUUGGUGAUUUAAAACGAUUUUUAGAGAAUUUUCCUGCUUUUCGUAAAACAUCCGGUACUGUCGAUACACAUGUUACAUUAAUGUCAGAAUUGUCUAGGAUUGUUAAAGAACAUGCUUUGCUAGAAAUAAGUGAAGUAGAACAAGAACUGGUAUGUCGUGACAAUCAUUCUUCAAUCUUAUCACGUAUUAAAAGUUUAAUAAGCGACCCAAGGAUUCUUCUCUCAGAUGCCUUAAGAUUAGUUCUUCUUUAUGCUUUACGUUAUAGCAAGCAAAAACAAGAAUUAGCUGGAUUAAUUCAAUCACUUGUUACACGUGGCGCGACAGAUGGUGAUAUUCGAACUAUUGACAACUUAUUAGAAUAUUCUUGGCCGGUCUCAGUUUCCGAUGGUUUCGACUUAUUUCAUGUCAUGAAGACUGGAAGUGUCAACACAACAACAACACCACUUGUUGAUGGUCAAACAGCCACAAAAGCAAUGGCUUCAUUAAAAAAACGUUUAGUUCAAGAACUAAAAGGUGUCAAUAAUGUUUAUACACAACAUGAACCAUUGUUAGUUGAAAUUUUGAAUAAAUUAAUUAAAGGUCAGUUGCCUGAUGCUUCAUUUCCAAGUUUAGCUACUGGUACUUCUUGGAAAACUAUACCUAGUGGUCAACGUCCAAAAGAAAUUAUUGUAUUUUUCAUUGGUGGUGUUACUUAUCAAGAAGUUUGUAGUUUGCAUAAAAUAAAUUGUUCCACACUGGGUGUCGAUAUUGUUUUAGGUGGUACAUGUGUUCAUAACUCAAGGACGUUUUUGCAAGAAGUUUGUUCAGUGACAAAAAGUGUCGGCAUUGCAAAAUCAUCAAAUUCUGUGGAACCAACCCGUCGUUUAUAUGGAAAUUCAAGAAGUAACAUCCUUUACGGAUUAUUACAAUAAAUAUUAGUAGUACUAAUUAUUAUUGUUGUUCGGAUUAAAUGCACAUCUUAUCUGUUGUCCAAUUGUCUGUGAUAAUCGUUUCAUUUUUUGUUGUCUUGUGUACCUUAAUUUUUUCAAUAUACGUAUUGCGUCAGCAAACAAUGGUUGUUUCUUACUAAUUUUGUGGCAAUAUAAACAUUAAAUUUUGUUGAAUAUACGACAAAUACUUUCACGAUGGUCUUAUACGCUCAUUUUCUGAUAAAAAUAAUGUAUUUCGAAAAUCCAAAGUUUCGGAAAUGGAAUAAUUUACAUUUGAUGUGUUCCGC